AUGAGUGAACGAAGAUUGGAAAAGAAAGGAGGUAGCAUAGUAACAGUAGUUACUGAUUUCAUGUCUAGUAAUAGUAAUAUAUCCACAUGUAUUUCCCAUAAUAAUUCUAGCGAGGGUGAAAUAAGUGAAAGGGAAGAUGAAAUCAGUGAAAAUAGUACAAAUAUAAGCAACGUACAAAAAGAGAAAAGAAAAAGACUCAAUUCCUUAGGAAGCGGCUCAGACAAAGGAGAAAUUAAACGUGCCAAAGAAAUGGACACAUACCACAAAGAACUAGUUCGAUCAUCGGACACAUUAACUGAACAGAUGAAAAAAAUGGAGGCGGAAAAUAAGCGCCUAAUGAAUCAAAUCCAUCAAAUGCAAGAAGAAAACAAGUUCCAAAUGGUCAAACUAGAAGAGAAAAUAACCGGCAAAGAUCAAGAAAUACAGAAACUAACUCAAAAGCUACUUGAGAUGAUAGACAAACAUGCAGAAAAGGAAAAGCUGAUUUCAAAAUCGAACGAAAAACCAACGCAAGCUGAAAAACAAACGCAGAAGAAAACGACGGUAGAAGAACGAACAAAUAUGCAUGAAAAGGGAAGACGUAAAACUUCUGCUAAUAGUCCAAAUAAAGAAAACUUGAUUGAAAUGGAAAACAACAAUGCUGAAUGGACAACCCAGCAGCACCAGAAGAAAAAACAAAACAAAAAAACCGAAAUAACAGAAAAAAACGUCACAGAAGAAGAACCGAAAAAUAUUAGCGCUGCUGAAAAGCAGACAUUAAUAAUACAAAAGAGAAAUGAAGAAAAUAGAGAAAAUAAUAGAAUUGAAUAA